CUUGGCAAGGCUGAACACAGGAGAAGACGAUAAGCUUGAGAUUGCACUAUUUCCUGCCAACGUCGAUGCAACUCCCCUCGUCGGCUCCAAAAUUAGGUUGAUUUGUACACAGCAUCAAUGGAAGGGUUGCCAGCUGUGAAUCGGCAAUAAUCCCGGCUUGAAGCGACUCCGUUGCACACCUCCUUGUCGAAUCUCCUUCAGCAUCAACCAAUGACUGCUGAAAGGAAAGAAAGCAACACUCAUCGAUUGACAUCCUUGGAUUUCGCAAAAGAAUGACUCUCAUCACAUUACCGCCUUCACUGGCCUGGGUCCCGAUCAAUGUCACAACCAUCACGGCCUUCAUCUUCGCCGUUUUCAUCACAUUCGCCGCAUUUGUGGUCCUUCCAAUAAUUGCAUUCACAUUACCCAACUCAUUCGAUCCGUCUUCACCUCCAACCAUCGCCGAAGACGUCUUUUCCGAGACGGACAAGCAACCCGAAAAUUCUGAUCGUUCAGGGUACACCUACUUUCUUUCGGAGCGGGAAACCCAAGGCGCCUCCUCCAACGGAAAAGAUGCGUUCCUCGGAAACGCCUCCAAGAUUCGAUGCUCCUCAAGUGUGCAAGUCCUCGUCCUCGGCGAACUCGGCCGCAGUCCCCGGAUGCAAUACCACGCCCUGUCCCUCGCCCGACGCGGCGUAUCCGUCGCGCUGAUCGGCGACGUCGGCACCGCCGAGCUCCACCCCGACCUCGCAGCGAACCGCUUCGUGCGGGUGUACGCGCUCGCGACGUUCCCGCGGGGCCUCCAAUUCCGCAACCGCCUCGCCUUCCUCCUCGUGACCGCGCCCCUCAAGGUCCUCUGGCAGAUCGCCGCCCUCUACCGCACCCUCGCCUACACCGCCCCGGCCUCCGCCUGGCUGCUGCUGCAGAACCCGCCCGCCAUCCCCACCCUCGCCGUCGCCCGCCUCGUCUGCGCCCUCCGCGGCACCCACCUGGUCGUGGACUGGCACAACUUCGGCUACAGCAUCCUCGCCCUCCGACUCGGCGCCUCCCACCCGCUCGUGCGUCUGGCGAGCUGGUACGAGGGGAACUUCGGCCGGGGCGCCGCCGCCCACUUCGCCGUGUCCCGCGCCAUGACCGCGGCGCUGAAGCGCAAAUGGGGCAUCAAAGCCCUCACGCUGCACGACCGACCCGCCGAGAUCUUCCAGCCGCUCACCGAGCUUUCCCAACGGGAAGAUUUCCUCCGCAGACUCCCGCAGACCGCGGACCACGCGGCACCCAUCCUCUCGGGCCAGACCCGCCUGCUGGUGAGCAGCACCUCGUGGACGCCCGACGAGGACUUCGAGGUCCUCCUGCAGGGCCUGGUCUCAUAUGCGACUCUGCGAGAAUCCCAACUGCUCUCCUCCUCCUCCUCCGCCACCGCCGCCACCGCGCAUCUCCCCGCCAUCCACGCCAUCAUCACCGGCCGCGGGCCCCUCCUGCCCCACUACAUGGCGCGCAUCUCCACGCUGCGCUCCGCCGGCCGGCUCCCGGGCGUCAGCAUCCUCAACGCCUGGCUGACCCCGGCUGAUUACGCGGGCCUGCUGUCCUCGGCGGAUCUGGGGCUCAGCUUGCACAUGUCCAGCAGCGGGGUCGACCUGCCGAUGAAAGUGGUGGAUAUGUUCGGCAGCGGAUUGCCCGUCGUGGGCUGGAGCGGGUUCGAGAGCUGGGGCGAACUCGUCAGGGAACCUCCUUCCUCGUCCUCGUCCUCGUCCUCUGAUGAUGGUGGUGCGGGUGUUGUUUCUGAGAAGAGGGAUGCGGUGGGAGACGAAGAGAUGGGGAACGGGCGUGGUUUCCAGAGUCCCGAGCAACUGUCCGAGAUCCUCGUGGAGCUUUUCGGGGAGGUCGGACGUGAUGGGAGGAGGGCAGGUUGGAGCGUCGAUGACGACAGUGCUGAUGGUGGUGGAGAUAAGAAGGGGAAGAAGAGGGAGCACUUAUCGCAGCUGGAAAGGCUACGGAGAGGAGCGAGGAGGGAAGGCGAGAGGCGAUGGGAGGAGGAAUGGGCUUCUGUGGCGGGGAGAUUGUUCGGUUUGGAGAAGCAGGCGGAUCUCUCAGCGGGGCAGAGCGGAAAAUGAUAGGCGGAAAGAGGGAGUGGAAGGAAAGGGCUAGGAACGUGAUGGAACCGGAGUCGAGACAAUUCCGUGCGACGGCGGUGAUAGAAAGAGACUUUCCUAAGGAGACAUGGUCGAAAGACGGGAAGUUUUAGAAAACAUUGUCUCCCGCUGAGCCAAUGCCAGAAACUACUCAGAGCGACGUGGGGGAUGUAAAUGGUCGUUCUCGAGAUGUGUGAGAUGUCAUGAUCCAAGACGUGUGACGAUCAUCGAUAGGUACGCUCUAGAGUAAGAGAAACAUAAUGAGCUUUAAU